ACCGUCGCCAUCAUGGGGUUCUCGCUCUUUUGUGCGCUGUCGGUGCCAGGCGUAGGCGUCGUCUGGAGCAUUUGCGGAUCAUCGGUGGGGUUCAUGAUCUGCUACCUCCUGCCGGGGGUGUUCUACCUCAAGAUCAGGUGGCACAAGCAGUUCAACAAGCGCAAGGCUGGGGCAUUGGUAGUGGUAGUGUUGAGCUCCGCGGCCAUCGUGAUCUGCACCAGGCACGCCGUGCUGCAGGCCAUGCAGUGACAAGAGGAAGCACGACGGAGCGAACGCCUAUUUUCUUGAAGAGUUGCUGAGGGUGGAAUUUGGUCGUGGCGUUGUUUGACGGAGACAGGUCCGGUCAGAAGAGGACACGACCGCAUACUUUUUUUCUGUUUGUUCCAGGCGCGGAGUUUAUAGCCGUGUCGGUUUUUGAUGGAGACAAGUGGGGUUAGAAAAGGACACGACGGCAACGGUCGUUCCUUUUUUGUUUUUUUUGAGAUGCGGAGUUUGAUGAUGCUGUUGUUGGACCCGAGACAUCGACUAUUCGGUCAGAGAAGAUAACGCGACCGCUGCGGAUGUUUCUUUUUUUGUUUGUUGCAAACGCGGAGUUCAGUAGUGUCGUUGUUUGACGGAGACAGGUUCGGUCAGAAGAGAACACGAUGGCAACGGUUUCUCAUUUUUUUUUUUUUUAAAUGCGGAGUUUGAUCAUGUCGUUUUUUACCCGAGACAGGCUCGGUCAGAGGAGAACAGGACUGCUGUGGAUGUUGCACUCUUUUUGCUUGUUGCAGACGCGAAGUUAGUGGUGUCGUUGUUUGACGGAGGCAGGUUCGGUCAGAAGAGGACACAACGGCGACGGGUAUUUCCUUGCGUUGUUUUGUGAGAUGCGGAUGUUGGUGGUGUUUGACGGAGACAGAUGCAGUCACUGUCAGUGUAAAGCGAACGAACGACCGACGGAAAUAAUUCUUCUUGGUCUGUUGGAGGCUUUGAAGUCAUUGAUGCCGUUGAGAAGAGGACAUGGCUGCGACGGUUUUAUGUCUUUUUUUUUGUUUUGGAGAUGCGGACAUGAGUGGUGCCGUUAUCCGACGGAGACAUGUGGAGUGAGGCGAGGACACGACAGGAACUGAUAUGUUUUUUGUUUUUUGCAGACGCAAACUUCAUUUGUGCCUUUGUUUGACGGAAAAAGGCCUGGUUCAGACGGAGUAAAAUAGUGAGAAAUGUUAUGUUGUGAUGGUGCACACGGUUCUAUGUGUUGUUGCAGGGAACGGCCUGCGACACAGCGUUGGCGAAACAGAGGGUAAAUGCACGGGCUAGUUGUUCAGCAACGUGCUGCAACGUGGUUUAGAUGGACACCUAGUUUUCCUUUGUACCGCCUCCCUCCGCCUGCGAUUUGGAUGGUUGGAAUUCAUGCGUGUUGGCAUCCUCGACGUCACCGAUAUGUAGUGGUAGAUUUUCCAUUGUACCUUUCUGAAAUAGUCAACGUACGAAUGCGUUGUUAGAUAUAUCACGGAAGGCAUCGGAUCAUGGAGCACACGUCGGACACCACCAUAGGUAGGGGAAGUACCGGUAGCGAGCAGGUGAAUUUCCCGUAAUCGUGCCCAAGGCUGGAUUAUUAGCCGCCCCAUGUCGCUGUCGGUAGAGAUUCACUUAGCUCGUGUCUGUUGUUGCUCCCGACAUGUCAGGAUGGUGGUCCUCCCCUCCACGUUGCCUCAACGUAGUCACGCUCUCUCAUUUCCCAACGGCGUUUUCAUGUGGCCGUCUGAGAGUGGUCUCUCUGUGAACCUGCGGUCAAGGGACAGCAGUUUGCAACCGUGCAUGAUCCCCAAAAGAUCGAAUGUCUCUGUCGGGGCUUGUUGUCUGGUUUUUACGGAUGGUGAGUUGUUUUCGAGUUGGCGAUGAUCAGUGUUUAAGGUUUUGAGGCUGAAGACGUUCCUCGGUGUGAGCAGUGCCUCUUGUCUCGGCGAUUUCAUGAAAGGGAGGACGAGUUUUUUUCCCGGAAGGGGUGCAGGACUCGGCCCCUCCCGCCUGGCAUGUACCGCAGAAUGACGGAUGUUACUCUAUGUUUGAUGACGAGAAACCUAUUCGUCGUUACAGGUGUCUGGGGGCAUAAUACAGAGAGCAAUAGUUUUUUGUAGUCGGCGUUUUUGGAGGGGGGUAGUAUCCGAUAAAGGCUUGCGACAUUCCUUGGCCAUGCGCAACAGCUUACCGCCUUCGGAAAGUGUGAACGUUUGCGUUGGAGGGAGCGGAGAACGUAAUACAUCAUGUUUUUUCAUGAUUUUUCUUCAUAAUAUCCAUCUCAAUCCAUAUGGUUAUGGUCGAGGAUAUGUAUUUUCGAUUUUUAGUGAAUUCACAUCGUCAGUGGCGAACCUCCAAUGAAUUCAUAGCAUUUGUGGCGAACCACUCGUGUUUCUACGAUCCAUUGAGCAGCAUUCAGUGACAUGUCUGACGCGGGUAACAGGCCCCACAAAGAAAUGCGUGAGGGCUUCGAGACUAAGGCGGCCUAUAUAUAUGAGACGAACGUUGGUUGCUGCUGUCAGCUACGCUUGGCCGACGACUUGGCCAAUCGGUAAUUGAUUGUGCUGUUGUGCAUGGAGAUCAAGUGGGUCAAGCCUUCAACACGGAAGAUCACGUUGGCUGCUGCUGGCGGGAAUGCUUGGCCGAAGACCUGACCGAUCAGAGGUCGAAUUUGCUUGUUCUGCCUGGUAUUAGGAGCAAACACACGUCCCGACCCAAUGUAUCGGCGCGCGGAAAGAACUACAAGCACAGGUGCACCAUCCUAUUCGCCGACCAAGAUCAACGCCUUGAAAUUGUGCCCCCGAAUGCUCUCCACAAAUUAGUGCCUUUCGUACCGAGAGUGCAGAUGUAAACGCCAGGUGAUCAGUCCGUGUCCAGCAAGCAAGCGGGUUCACUCAUUGCGGAUCUUCGUCCAAAGACCCAAUCCAGGAUGUACAGCAGUGCCCAGACACACCGCGUCCGCUCCACGAAGAACCCGGCGCUGCGCUGAUUCAGUGGCUCACAACCAAAAAUUACAAUCGGGGUUCGAAUCCCUCGUGGACCACUUGUGACGCCUUCUUUCCGAAAAAGUCUGGGAUACGCCUGAGAGACGGUAUACAAGUCGUUCAAGUGAAGACACAUAUUCCCGCCUGUAAGUCGAUGAACCGCAUGGGGGAGCGCUGAUUACAGGGAUUACAACGCUGGGGUUUACCGAGGUCCAACAGCUAUAACAGGCUGAAGGACCCCGGUUGUACUAUUGUUAUGAUGUACAGCAUAUCCACUAUGCUACAAGUCAGCCGCU